CCUUUAAUUUAUUUUACUGCAACUUUAUUUUAGUAUCAUAUCCAUCCAUCCACCCAUCCCCACCGCCACCGCCACCGCCAUCCGCACAUCCUCACGCUCGCCGCCGGAGCCUCCCAUCCGAUUCCUGAGUCAAUCGCUUCAUAAGAAUCGAACCGAGUCUCGUUUCUUGUUCGAGGAUAUUUAAGUUUGCGCCUUUGUUUUUUUCUUAUUUGUUUAUAUUGUUCUUCUUUUUUGAUAUUCCUGCUCGAGGAGCUACUGUUGCUGCUGCUUUGUCUCCAAGACCGUCGCGCUAGUGAUACUGCAGGAUUGGUUAUCAACAAUGGGGGAACGCAUAUGCUGUGACUUCUGCAAGGAGCAGAGAUCGAUGAUCUAUUGCAGGUCUGAUGCUGCUUCCUUAUGUCUGUCCUGUGACCGGAACAUUCAUUCGGCGAAUUCUCUAUCUAAGCGCCACUUAAGGACCCUUGUAUGUGAGAAAUGCCAUUGUCAGCCUGCAUCAGUAAGGUGCCUGGAGGAGAAGCUCUCGCUCUGCGAAGACUGCAAUCGAUCUGGACAUAUUCCCCCGGCCAUGUCAUCCGAGCAUAAACGGGAGACGAUCAAUUGUUAUUCUGGAUGUCCUUCAGCGGCUGAAUUUUCAAAAAUUUGGUCCUUCUUUUCCUUCGGGCAGUCGUUCUGUGAUCUCAAAGAGGGGGGAGACGAAGUCCAGUCUCAGCGUCCACUGUCGCCUAUCGAUUGUGAUAUGGAGGACGCUGUUAUGACUAUGAUGGAUUCUUAUGUGGAGCAGUUCCAUGGAAGUGAAUCCCUGAAUCCUCUCAAAGAAAAGGAAUGGCCGUCGAGAAUAAAAGAAUGCGAAUCUGAAUCCACCCAUGAUGUCAUCUACCAUGAUUUUGAUACCUCGGAUCUUGACUUGAGCUUGGAGAACUGUGAAGGUCUGUUAGAUGAAUCCCUUGACGAUCCAGAACAAUACUUUGAGAACAACGGAAUGGAUAACUUAUUCGAACUUGGAGACUCACAUGAUAUUGAAUGCGAUGUUAAGCAUUCGCAUGCAGAACAGGAAUCAGACGGAGAGAAGGCCUGCAGCCGGCAAGUGCCCAGUGACACCAGCAAAAUUGAUCAGAAUAUUUGUAAUCCAAAACUGGCAUCGACUACUAAUCCACAUUCAAGAGCAGGGCAGCAAAGGGAGUCGGGAACCAGUGAUCACCGGGACUGUGGUGGUGGGUUCUCGAUGGUUAUUCAUGAGGAAUACCCAAGCGAUAAUAUUCCUCUUCCUGACAAUCCAUUUUCAUCAGCCACAAGAGAUGAUGCAGUUUUACGAUAUAAAGAGAAAAGGAAGUCACGCAUGUUCAACAAGAAAAUUAGAUACGAAUCACGCAAGGCGAGGGCUGAUGUCAGGAAGCGCGUGAAGGGGCGUUUUGUGAAAGCAGGGGAUCCAUACGAUUACGAUCCGCUGGAUCUGACGGCAAGAAACCAUUGAAUGGUUAUAACUAUCUGUAGAAGUAUGUACAGAGGAAUAAGAUAAUUAAGGAACCAAAUACAAGCAGGCAGAGAGAGAGAGGGGGAUAUAGAGAGAGAGAGGAGUUGUUAUUAUCCUGCUUGUGCCUUCUUUUGUCCAUGGGAGAUGAAUGAAUCUUCUCCUCUUGGUUGUUUUCUAUAGGAAUCAGACAUGAUAAAUGACUUCUAGCAAUUUGUUCUUGCAGUAUGGUUAGCUUAGCACUGUAAAUUGAAUAAUGUUAUACAUACAUAUAUGUACAGUAAUCUCUCCCUCUC